AUGUCCUCUCCAGUCAAGGUGUUCCGCAACGCCCGGGUGUUCACAAGCACGCCCGGCGAUGACAAGCUGUAUUCUACGCUCGUGACGAGUGGCGACAAGGUGGUCUACGUCGGCGACGAGGACGGUGCCUAUGACGCCAUCAAGAAAGUGGGCGACGUGAAGCGCGAGGACCGCGACAUGGGAGGACAGGUCAUCCUCCCUGGUCUGCUGGAUGGCCACAUCCACCUGCUUCAGCUGGGCAACGCGCUGGGGCGCGUCAACUGCCUGCGGCUGAGCGUCGCCGAGGUGCAGGCGGCAUUCAGGCAGCGCAUCAAGGAGCAGCCGGGGGCCAAGUACUACCUUGGCGCCUCGUUCAUGUGGGAUGCGCUCGGUGAGCACCCGCACCGCAAGCUCCUCGACGCCAUCACCACCGACGUCCCCGUCUUCAUUGACUCGAUGGACCUGCACUCGUGCUGGGCCAACUCCAAGGGCCUCGAGGUGCUCGGUAUCACCCGCGACACACCCGACCCCAAGGGCGGCGAGAUUGAGCGUGAUGCGCACGGCGAGCCCACGGGCGUGCUCCUCGAGACGGCGUUCCACGACUUUGUCUGGCCGUACAUUGCCGACCACACGACACUGGCCCAGGCGGUCGACAUGGUCGAGACGGCGCUGGACGCGUUCACGUCCACUGGUGUCACUGGCGCAGUCGACAUGGCCAUGUCCGAAGACUCACUGGCUGCGCUCGAGGACGUGUACGACAAGCGUGGCGGGCGCCUGCCACUUCGCCUCAACAUGCACUGGCUCAUUACGCCAAAGGGUACGGACGAGGACCGCGCGCAGAGGGUGCACACGGCCGCGCGGCACAAGGAGCGCCUCGCGGACAAGGCGCCGUUCCUCAACCUCGUCGGCAUCAAGAUCAUCUCUGACGGCGUCGUCGACUCGUGUACUGCAUACAUGAAGGAGCCGUAUCCGAACGGUGCGACGCCGGAGCCCAUCUGGGGCAAGGACGAGCUCACCAAGGUGCUGACGCUCGCGGACAGCCUCGGUCUGCAGAUUGCGUGCCAUGCCCUGGGCGACGCAGCGAGCGAGCAGGCGCUGGAUGCCUUUGACGCCAUUGUCGCCGCCAACGGCCCGCGCCACCGCCGCAACCGUAUCGAGCACCUCGAGGUGUGUACCCACGACACGGUGCGCCGCAUGGCCGCAACGGGCAUCACCGCCAGCCUGCAGCCGCUGCACGCCGACCCGGUGUACGCGCGCAACUGGCACGCCCAGGUCGACGCCGAGCGCAGCGCGCGGGCGUUCCCGCUCUCCGAGUUCCGCGACGCAGGUGCCAACGUCUCGUUUGGCACCGACGCGCCCGUCGCGCCGCACCACGCGCUGCCCAACGUCUACUCGGCGGCCACGCGCAAGUCGAUCAUUGAACCCACGCUCAACGAGCCCGAGGCGUUUGCGCAUUUCAACCUCGAGCGCUUCUGCAUCCCGCUCGAGGAGAGCGUCCGGUACUACACCAUGGGCACUGCGGUGUCCAUGGACAAGGAAGGCAUGUAUGGCUCGCUCGCGCCGGGCAAACAGGCCGACUUUUGUGUGCUUGCCGUCGACCCCUUCCGGGACGGCGUCGACACGCUUCGCGAGGCUCAGGCGGGUGUCACGGAGACGUGGCUCGAUGGCGAGCUUGUGCAGCCCACACCGUCGGUGGACGCGACGCAUUCGCCGUUUGCCCGGUCCGAGAGCCUCACCUUUUCGGACAUGGCCCGUCUCGCUGGGCGUCCACAGACUUUUGAGGAGAUGUACGCUGUCCCAGAGUCGUUCCUCGAGAUUGAGGUGCGGAAUCCCCUCACCCACGGCGUUGGACGCAAGAUGUAUACCGACUAUGAGAUUGUCUGCAUGACCAACAUCCCCGCAUUCAAGAUCCAGCACUCGAUUGUCCGCAGGCGAUACUCGGACUUUGAGGCGUUCCGCGACGUCCUCGAGCGUGAGAGCACCCGUGUCAACAUUCCUCCUCUCCCAGGCAAGGUGUUCACGAACCGGUUCACGGACGACGUCAUUGAGCAGAGGCGCGAAGGUCUGCAGCGCUUCCUCGAGAUUGUCGCCGGCCACCCGCUGCUGCAGACCGGGAGCAAGGUGCUGUGCGCCUUCCUGCAGGACCCGCAGUGGGAGAAGUCGCAGUGGGUGUGA